GGGGGCGGGGCCCUCAUUGCCACACCCCGUUCCCGGAUCCCACACAAACAGGCAGAUCCCGCAGGGAAGGGGCAGAGGCGCCGGGAUGGGCCUGUGUUUGCCGUGUCUGGGGGGCGCCGCCGGGGAUGUGGUGGAGACUCCGGAUCCGGAGGUGAGGAGGAGGCAGUUGGCGGAAGCGGCAGAGAAGAGGCAGAUGGAGGCCUCGACUCGCGGCAUUAAGGAUCCCUACUCAGUGGAGCAGAAAAAGAAGAAGAAAGAAGAAAUGGAGAAAGCGCUGUCAGAUUCAUCCCCCGCUGGGGAAGGCGGCGGCCUUAGGUGGCAAGUUGGGUAGCGCCGGUGCCGCGGAUCUGCGGGUUCCGUACGCGGGAGAGCGACUUUGUUGUGCAAGUUUGGAUCCAAGUUCCCCGGACGAGACUACUAACCCGGUUACCGGCUGAGGUUCCUUAUUGCUUCGCAGUGACUCAGUGCCCCCCGGACUAACUGCCAACGCCGCCACAAUUACCCCUCUGUUACAGGGCAAGUGGGUUGUUUUUAGCGUGUAAGUGUCCUGCAGUUCAACUACACCCCCAUUAGACAUGUCCGGCCCCAUCACUGCAGUGUUGGAUGGCCCCGCCCUGUCAUCGUUAGCCAGCUAAUGAACGCAGCCCAGAUUAAAGGGGAAGUUAAAUGUUAAAUGCACCAAUGGGUUUUCAAAGUGGAAAAGGGCAGUUUUACAGUGACACGUGGGCUUCCUACUUCCUUCCACUCAUGGGAUUCUGAGGGGGGGGAUGUUGGGGGUUUUCUAUCCAAACCCACCCUGGGUCCCUCAGGUUUCCGGGUAUCACUAGAGAGAACCUCUCAUUGACUCAAUAUUGGGGGGCGGAGU